UACGCCUGGCGCACUACGGGGGCCGAGAAGGGAGGGAAUGUGGGCGCGGGCAGUAUGGCUGAGCCUUCGGGCCCCGUUCGGCGGACGUCGGGGCUUCAUCUCCACGGAAGAUCCGCAGGGAAGUGGCCGGAUCACUGCCGAGAUGAUCGAGCACCUGGAGCGUCUAGCGCUUGUGGACUUCGGCAGCCGGGAGGCAGUGGCGCGGUUGGAGAAAGCCAUUGCUUUCUCCAAUCGGCUCCACGCGGUGCACACUGACGGGGUGGAGCCCAUGGAGUCGGUACUGGAGGACAGGUGUCUGUACUUGAGAUCCGACGAUGUAGUAGAAGGCAACUGUGCUGAAGAAUUACUACAAAAUUCCCAUCGCAUUGUGGAAGAGUAUUUUGUGGCCCCCCCAGGUAAUAUCCCUUUGCCAAAGCUGGAUGAACAAGAGCCUGUCCUGCACAGCUGAGUAGCUAUUUUGGGAAGGGGGUACCCUGUGGACACAUGGAAGUGCAAUAAUAUUUGUUAUUGUUAACA